AUGUGCACUGGCUGGAGGCUUCCAGCCAUGAGGUUAAGCAAAUGCAAUUUAAAAAGUAAAUUUGAGCAUUCUGUAUUAAAUACGUGCAGUUAUUAUCACAUGAAGAAGCGCAGUGUGUCGGGCUGUAAUAUAACCAUACUUGCUGUCAUGUUCUCCCAUCUCAGUGCUGGGAACUCACCAUGUGGAAACCAAGCAAAUGUGUUGUGCAUCAGCCGGCUUGAGUUUGUUCAAUAUCAAAGCUGAAACUAGCGAGGUCUGCUGUACUGCUUAUUGAAGUAUUGUGAUUCUUUUAGGCAUUGAUUCUUACAAAAUAUAUACUGUAACAGUAUACUUUGUACAGAUUUAAAUUUUAUUUGAAAAAAUGAAAUAAAGUAGGCAAAAAAAUAAAGAUGUUUAUUUUUCAUGUGACUAUAUAUACAGAUCAGUCUUUUGUUUCAGUGCUUUUGGGAGUCUGGUUGUUCUUGGAUCCUUUAUUAUUUUUUUGAUGGGGAAACCAUUUUUCGGACUCAAUAGCGGGUAUGCUUGCCUGUUACCUGUGAUCGGUAAUUAGCUGUAAGCAUUAAGUGUGCUCUCUCAAAUUGGAAAGCUCUAAAUAUUUUGUUUUAUUUUAAAGUAAGUUUGUUUAUUUUUUAACAUUUUAUGUGAAUGGCCUAUCUGGCUUCUUGGGUCAGUUUUUAAAAAUUCUCUGUUGGUGUGAAGGUUAACAUAGCCAUCAUGUUGAAGAGAAGAACAAACUUUUCCCGUAGAUCAUAAUCGUUCCCCAUGGAAGAAUUUUUUUUCCUUUUGUUUUGUUUUCUGUCGUUUUAAAUUUGAAAUUGGUUUGGGGUAGUAGAAAGAUGUGUACUACCCCAAAAGAGUUCAUGACAAAAGAUGAAGAGACUCCUCUGUAGAAAAUAGAAGUAGCACUUUAAAAUGAGAUCCUUUUCAAAACUACUUUUUCUGGUGAGUGGAAUGGCAGACAGUGGAUGAAGUUACCAAUAACAAUGUGACACAAGAGUGAACCUUCAGGAUAGCUUUAAUGGACUGUCUCACAGAAGAUUAUCUUAUUUGACCAAAGAGAACCAUCGAAGUUUGGGCAUCUAGUUAAAAAACCAGGAUAGGCAUCAGAGGCCUCAAGUGUAGGAUAUUUUCCUCAACCUUUGGAAGUAGAAUUUGAAGUUAUAUUUGUGGCUUUCUCCUUUCAUUUUAUCUUUUUUUUUUUUUUUUGAUGUUUCACUUACCUUCAGGCUGCAUCUGAGGAAGUCUUGGAACAAGUAAUUCUCCAAGAUUCCUGACAAAAAGCACACUAUGGAAAAAAUUGUAAUGUUAUUUAAAUGUAUAUUACAAUGGCUAUAUUCUAAAACUUGAUGCAUAUCUCAAGUCCAUAUCACCAUUCCAGGCUGUGGAACCCAAGGUUUUCUUUUUUGUUGUUUUGUUUUUAUUUUCUCACUAAAAUGGCCCUCCUUUGUACAGACUUGGAUUGGAGUAGCCUCCACAUCUGACAACCAUCAACUCCAAUAAAAAUAGUGCAGAAACUUGUGUCAUAAAACUUAAAAAUGAAGGUACCAUUGUUUUGGGAGAGGUUGGUGGGGUGCCUAAGAAAUUCCAAUUUUCCCCUUUAAGUUUGCAGUGCCUCUUAGUUUUGGGGGGCACACAAAGGGCAGGUGGGUACUUAAUGUAGAAGAGACCAGACUCUCCUCUCUCCUGAAGGUGGGGUCAGAUAAACCCCAGGGAACCUGUCCUGGAGGAGGGCUCUCCUGUACAGGAAACUCUACCCAUAAUUUAUUCCCAGACAAUAAGGAAUAAGAGAUCAAAAAGCCAGGAGCCAGGCCCCUUCCUAAUGUCCUGUGGCCUUAUUACUCAAUGAUUCAGCACCAUACCCCAGAUGAGACCAUGAUUGGAGAGCAAGGGGCCCUGAGGUGAGCGUGUACUUACUGCAGGACUGCAGGGGGAACAUCCCAGACUUGGGAAAGGUCUGAGCAACAGGACAAGGAAGGGGUCAAGAAAGGAGUUUAGCUUGCACAAACAGAACUAUUUGUCACUUUUAUCUAGCUCUUUCCUUCCCAAAGUGAUAAAAUUGGCAAUCUCUUCCCAUUCCCACCUCCAAUGGAUGUUAAUUUUUAUUUAACCAUGUGGUACAUAAUUUACUGUCGCUCUUUUGGAAAUCCUUUUGUUCCUAUCCAGUCACAGUUUUUUUCUAAGCAGACAGGACUUUUUUAUUUCAUGUACUGGUUUUUGGAAGAGGUUCUGUGCAUUCAGGAUCAGAGGAGAGAGAUCUCUCUUUUUCAGUGUUUGACUGCUAGCCAGACUCAGGGCCAGCACGCGCCUUCACUGCUGUCACU